GGCGCUAGAGCCGGGUGGGCAAGAGACGCCGAUCGAGGGAUGCGCGCGAGGGUUGGCCGCAAAUUUUUCGCGUAGACCGCCUGUUGCAUUGCGCACACCGCAGGCCGAGGGGACAGAGGGAGUUCAUGCAGACGGACGGGUUUGUCGCAGGUUUUGCAGGGCUUGCAGUGAGAGUUCUGGGUAGCUGGGCACCUGAUGGCGCGCGCGACGGUGCAACGGGUGUCUCUCUCUUGGAAGGAAGCUACUAUCGGCGCUUGGCGCCGUCGCUCCUCCCCAAACGCCCGUGCCCACUGAUCCACCUCGAGCAAGAAGUCGCGACCCACCCUCGUGCUCCUUCCCUGCUCGGACCACCAGGCCACGAUGGUCGAGCGUCGUCUCGCCCGCCUAUUUAGGAUCAAGCUGCGGCCCUUUCUCUGCCGCCCACAUUCUUCGCACCGUCCCCUUUCUUAUAUUGUCUUUCGGCUGCGUUCGGAUU